AUGGACUACCUGAUCACUGAAGGCUACCCGUCAGCAGCAGAAAAGUUUGCGGCGGAAGCCAACAUUCAGCCCAAGGCUGAUUUCAGUUGUAUUCAAGAGAGGGUCCAGAUUCGGGAAUCAAUACACCGCGGAGACCUGCAAGCAGCAAUAGAGCUCAUAAAUGAGCUCAACCCAGAACUACUGGAUACCGAUAAAAAACUUCAUUUCUCCCUUCUAAGGCUUCAACUGGUCGAGUUAAUCCGCCAGAGUUUCACGUCCUCAGAUCCUAGCUUGGUUGGCAAAGCAAUAGAAUUUGCCCAAAAUAACCUUGCACCUUACGCUCCGUUGGAUGCACAAUUUAAGACAGACCUCGAACGGGCUAUGGCCCUCCUGAUUGUCCCCAAAGAAUCAUGGACUCAGGCAGCUGCAUCGGGGUCAUCUGGCCCAGCGACUACACAGAUCCAAAACGAUUUCGGCGCCUUGGCAGAAUUAGUAGAUCCCUCAUUGAGACGGAAGGUUGCCAAGGACGUCAACGAAGCAAUCCUUCACUCUCAAGAUCAGAGAAGAGAAGCCAAUAUCAGAUAUCUCGUUAGAGCUCGGGCAUGGGCGGAACAACUCGCGCGAGAGAAGAAGAUCGAUCUGCCAGAAAACCUCAGUUUUGGCCUGGAUGGUGAAGGGCCUCCCAGUCGUAGCCAGAACGGCCAUAACGGUGACACUGAGAUGACAGAAAAUGGGUCCGAAGACAACGCUGCAAGUGGCGAUGCUGAAUUGGCCCGAUAUACGAAUAUACCCUCUUGA